AUGCACCACUAUGCUUGUUUGGAUCAGGUCCUGACUGCGCAGUGUCUGCAGAGUGAGGUACACGGUGACCCCGCCCACGACGAGCAUCUCUUCAUCGUCACACACCAGGCCUAUGAGCUGUGGUUCAAACAGAUCCUGUGGGAAAUUGACUCCAUCAGAAACAUCUUCAACAAUGUUGGCAAGGGUGCAACACUGGGGGCCACGACACUUGAUGAGGGGAAGACACUGCUCAUCUUGUCUCGUCUUAACAGGGUGAACCAGAUUCUCAAGCUGCUUGUGGACCAGGUGAUGAUACUGGAAACCAUGACUCCACUUGACUUCGCUGACUUCAGAGGUUACCUGGCCCCAGCCUCAGGUUUCCAGAGUCUUCAGUUCCGACUCUUGGAGAAUAAACUGGGACUCAAGCAGGAGCACAGAGUUCGUUAUAACCAGAAGCACUAUGCGGAGGUGUUUAAGACCCAUCCUCACUAUGUCCAGAUGUUGGAAGACUCAGAGAAUGAGGAUUCUCUCAUGUCCCUAGUAGAGAGAUGGCUAGAGAGAACGCCUGGCCUGGAGGAGGACGGCUUCAACUUCUGGGGCAAGUUCAAGGCCAGUGUCAUGGACAUGCUGGCAGACGAACUUCAGGAGGCAGAUAGUGAAGAGGACCCUAUUUUCAAAGAAGACAAGAUGACUCAGUACAAAAAGCAGAAGGAUGCCUUUGAGUCCAUCUUUGAUGAGGACAAACACAACAUUUUGGUGGCACGAGGAGACAGGAAGUUUACCCACAAGGCCUUGCAGGGAGCCAUGAUGAUUUCCUUGUACAGAGAUGAGCCUCGGUUUCAUCAGCCCUUCCAGCUGCUCACCCAACUCAUGGACAUCGACUCCCUCCUCACCAAGUGGAGAUAUAAUCAUGUGACCAUGGUGCAGAGGAUGCUGGGUAGUAAGGUGGGGACAGGCGGGUCCUCUGGUUACCACUACCUCCGCUCCACUGUUAGUGACAGGUACAAGGUAUUCCUGGACCUGUUCAACCUCUCCACGUUCCUGAUCCCACGUGACCGCAUCCCGCCGCUGACACAGUCCAUGCACCGCAAACUCUCCGUCUUCGAUCGCAGCACCGACUCUGGCAUCAGCAUGGAUGACCUGCGCGACCUCUCCAACUAAACAAUGCAUCUUACAACUAACACAUACAAGUCUGUUUUCCUGGU